GGAGCAGAGACCCGCCGCCAUCUUUAAUUUCCUCAGUUCUGCCCUGGUAGGUGUGUUAGCUGUUAGACGGAUUAGCAGGCAGCGAACUGACGGUACAGAAAACAUGGGAAGAAAGAAGAAAAAGCAAAUGAAGCCUUGGUGCUGGUACUGCAACAGAGAUUUUGACGAUGAAAAGAUCCUCAUUCAGCAUCAGAAGGCCAAACACUUCAAGUGUCACAUCUGUCAUAAAAAGCUGUACACUGGCCCUGGGCUUGCAAUCCACUGUAUGCAGGUGCAUAAAGAGACCAUUGAUGGAGUCCCUAAUGCUAUACCUGGAAGAACAGACAUUGAGCUGGAGAUAUAUGGCAUGGAGGGUAUUCCUGAAAAAGACAUGGAAGAGAGAAGAAGAGUGCUAGAACAGAAGAAUCAAGAGACCCAAAAGAAAAAGCAGAACCAGGAUGACUCCGAUGAGUACGAUGACGAUGACGAGCCUGGUCCCUCCUUCCAGCAGCCUGCAGCAGGCCAGCCACAGACAGGCUACAUACCCCCUAUGACCCAGCCUGGCAUGCCUCCUGGCUCUGCUGCUCCAGGGAUACCACCAGGCAGCUACUCAGGAAUCCCCCCAAUGAUGCCAGGUGUGCCACCAAUGAUCCCAGGAAUACCUCCUGUAAUGCCAGGAAUGCCUCCAGGGAUGAUACCAAUGGGUGGGAUGAUGCCUCCAGGUCCAGGGAUGCCUCCAAUGAUGCCAGGUGUGCCACCAGGCAUCCCUCCUCCGGUGGGCCAUCGUCCAGGCAUCACACACAUGGCUCAGGUUCCCCCUGCUGCAAACAUGCUGGCUAGACCUGUUGUUCCUGCUGCCACUGUCUCCUCAGCCCAGCCCGAUGUCACAAAGCCUCUUUUCCCCAUUGCUGGACAGAUGGGCAGUCGCGCUGCAAGCACAAGUGCAGGCUCAUCGAGUGCAGACUCUCAGUCCGCCUCCCCUAAAGCUCUGUUCCCUAUCACAUCACAAAGUCAGCAGUCAGGGUCCCCCCACCCCUCCCCCUCCACCUCCUCUGAUCCCUCAAAGCCCACAUUCCCGGCCUACACCCAGGCCACCGUAGCUGUGGCCAGCCCCAAUGCUGGCAGCAGCACGGUCUCUAAACCUCCCUCUACUGUGACCAGUAAGCCUGCCACCCUCACCACCUCCAGUGCAACCAGUAAGUUGAUCCACCCUGAUGAGGAUAUCUCACUGGAAGAGUUGCGUGCACAGUUGCCGAGGUACCAGCGCAGUAUUCCCCGCCAAGGCCAGGCCGCCGCUGCUGCCCCAUCAGUGGGUCCCAUGGCGGGCAUGAUGGCUCCACAGCAGCCCGGCAUCAGGCAUCCCAUACCUGGCCAGUAUGGUGGCCCACCUCAGGGGAUGCCAGGCUACAUGCCAGGAGGGAUGCCUCCAUAUGGACAGGCCCCUCCUGUGGUUCCCCCAGGGUACCAGGGAGCCCCUCCACGGCCACCCAUGGGUAUGAGACCCCCCGUCAUGUCUCCUGGAGCCCGCUACUGAAGCCUGCCCUCCUCUCUUCAAUAGGUUUGGACACUCAACCCUUUUCUAAUGUCCUCAGCUGCUAGUAGACAAACCAGUAUUGGUAUUAUAGUACCACAACGUACUGUUUAUUCUUCUACUGAGCUAUGAGGAAGAGACAUUGAAUAAACAGCAAACAAAAGAGCUAUUAAAGCAUCACAUGGGAAAUAUUUACACUGUACCUAACCACGACUAUGAACUGUUUCAAACCAUCUCUGUUCUGUGGCUUUUUUUCCUUCUCAUGUUUCAUUCAGGUGUAUAGAAGUGUAGUAGAUAUGGUUCGUAGUGUUGUGAAGGCGCUGGAGUUACAUGGGCAGUACCCACCCUUUAUCAAGGCAAGUUUUAUGUAAAUACAUUUCUGUUUUACGCUAAAGAGUGAGGCCUUCACAGCACGUAGUGCUGUUGGACUUUGUGUCCCCAACUUUGUUUGGUGAGGGCUUCAAAUAAGUGUUGAUGCAUCCUUUCUGUUUUAUGUUCAUAGUUUUACUGAGGGAAUACUCCCAUAACCUUAAAUAGUGGAAGUACUAAAUGAAAUGCUAUAUGUAUUGUUGUAAAACUGUAUUGUAAUAAAAUGUGGCAAAAA